ACAUAAAUAUAUGUAUAUGUUCCAUGUAAAUAAAUCCAAUUAAGUAGUUAAUAUAUAUACACAUAUAUAGAAAUAGAGAGUAGAGGUAAUUAUAAAUAAAUAAAUAAAUAAAUAAGAAAAGGAUGUUGGGAGUGUUUAGUGGGGAGGUGGUGGAGGCGCCGGAGGAGUUGUUGGCGGCGGGAAGUAGGACACCGUCGCCAAAAACAAGGGCAGGUGAGCUUGUGGAUAGGUUUAUUAAGAAGGAGCAUGCAGCCAUGUCAGUCCGAGUUGGCUCACGAGCUCAACUCGCUUUCUCUCACUCACAUCAGUCUCCUCUUCGCCCAAGGUUGUUUGGGGUGAAAGAUGAUAUAUGUUGUAUGUUUGAAGGAGUGCUUGAUAAUUUGGGAAGUCUGAGACAACACUAUGGAUUGACAAAGAACACAGAUGAGGUGUUGCUAGUGAUAGAGGCUUACAAGACUUUGAGGGAUAGAGCCCCAUAUACACCAAGUUCUAUGCUUGCUUAUCUCACAGGCUCUUUUGCUUUUGUUGUUUUUGAUAUGGCCACCUCCACUCUCCUUGUUUCUUGUGACCCAGAUGGAAAAGUGCCAUUAUAUUGGGGGAUCACAGCUGAUGGAUUUGUAGCUUUUGCUGAUGAUCUUGAUCUUCUUAAGGGUUCUUGUGGCAAGUCUCUUGCUCCUUUCCCUCAAGGAUGUUUCUACUCAAACUCACUGGGAGGAUUAAAGUGUUAUGAAAACCCAAAGAACAAAAUAACUGCUAUUCCAGCAAAUGAAGAGGAGAUUUGUGGUGCUACAUUCCAGGUGGAAGGACCUGUUGUUCUUGCAGCAAGACAUUAAAAGUAGUUAAAAAUUUUCACCAAUGUUAACAAGUUGGUUGUAAAAAGGAGAUCCAAAGCACUGUUAGAAUAAUUUCCCUUCCUUCUUGUAAAUAAUGUUUGCAUGUGUGUUGUGUAUUCUGUUUUUCAUAAAAAUAAUAAUGUAAAAACAGAUUAUGAUUUUCCUUCUAAUCUAA